UCAUCAUUAAUAGCAGAGGCUGUCAGAGACUCGUUGGGAAUCAAUGACCGAAAGGAAUUGUACAGCGAAGAAAAUAGAACGAACGCAAACUCCAGGAGAUCCGACUACGCUCAACCAAGACCUUCUGCAGAGCUGGAUCAGGCGUUGCACACUCUGGGAGGCCUGGACAUGUUGUUCAUCACACACGUUAUUCCCACACUACUGCUUUUGAGCGCCUGGAAUGUCACUAGAGGUUUUACGGAAACUUCAACUUGCAUUCCAACAGGUCGUCCAUCAUUUCCAGUGCCCACCGGUGAUGGCAAAUUACAAUACUCGUCAGUAACUGGUGCCUCAAAUAGGCCAAGAACUGCAUUAGUUCCUCCAGGGCCGUACGAGGUGAUAUUCGAUUAUCCACCACAAUGUUACAUGGUAGCCAAGGAGAUUACAAUCGAGUCAGAAGGCAGCUGUAUUUUCCUGAUAGACACGAGGGAACGGAUUGGCUCAAAAUCACCUUGGACACGAUGGAAUCCUACCCAUUCUACAAAAAGCAAGCAAUCGUCUAGGUCUGGUGGAAUGGUAGUAGAUCGAGUUAAGUUUAUAAUCUCUGUCCAAAUCCUCAAACACCAGUUAAAUCUUCGCUUUACUAUUGCACCUCUAUAUUGUAAAGUGGCAAUCAAUGGUAGUGAGCCCUACAUUACUGUGAUAUCAGAAGAUAUGGAUGAAUGCAAGAACAUAACAACCUGCAGUCCUAGUCCCAGAGGUACCUGCACUAACACAUUCGGCAGUUACCAAUGCUCUUGUAAUGCAGGAUACACUAAUGGAUCAACGUGUCAAGGCAAGUUACCUGAUUUCACGAUCAGCACUAUUUUCUUUAAUCACUUUGGAGUACGGACUCGGAUGGGGAGCCAGGGAUACAUUUAG